AUGGAUAACGAAAUUUUGCAUUGCUCUAAUGAUGAUAUUGAUUUUGCUUUACCUUUCAAUAAGAACUUUGAUGAAUUUAUAAACGAGCUUACUACUUUAUCUGAAAUUGGAAAUAUUGAUGUAUUUGAAAGUGGCAAUUUUGAAUAUCAGUCCAAUUUUGCAUCUAAAAAUGUUGAAGAUAAUGUGGUAGAAAGUGGUGAAUUUGAAUAUCAGUCUAAUUUCAUAUCUGUAAUUGGAAACAUUGAAGAUAAUAUGUUUGAAAAUAGUGAUCUCGAAUAUCAGUUCAAUCUUGCGCCUGGAAUUGAAAAUAUUGAAAAUGAUGUGUUUGAAAGUGAUAAUUUAGAAUAUUGGUCCAGUUUCACACCUAUAAUUAAAAAUGUAGGAGAUAACAUAUAUGAAAGUGAUUCAGAAGAUAAGCUUGAAGAUAGUCCUUUAAAAGAGAUAUAUACCAGGCAGACUUUUCUUACUUUUAAGUCACUUGAAAAAUGUUUGAAACACUAUUCUACCAAAAUGGAUCCUACAACAAAUAAAGAGUGUGAGUCAGCUUGUAUAGAGUGUGAUUUUGUGUUAAAUGCGUCAUAUAGAAAACUGCCAAAUUGUGUAUUUGUCAACAAACUUGUUGAAAAACAUAAUUAUACAUUAAAAGAUAGUAAUUUGCUUCAAGAGUGCAAUUUGGGAGCAACAGCUUUAAAACGAAUAUUACGGAAUAGGUUUUCUGAUCAAGAGAUUUAUAAUAGGGAUCUUUAUAAUAUGAUUAGUAGAUUCAAGGCUGAUACCCAAACUAAAAAUGAUGCUUUAACUUUAUAUGAAUCUUUAGAUGGAUUCAUUUCUGAUUUUUAUACACUUCGGAAUUCAAUUGCAGUAUCUGACUUUGACAGUCACUGGGCAGAUCUGAUGAACAAAUAUCCAGAAGUUCAAGAAGCCAACUCUGGAAACUCUUUAUGUCAACUUCAAACAGGAAUUGAAUUGAGACUUAAAGAUGAAGCCAAAUAUGCAAGAUUACAAGAGUUCCGAAAUAUGAAUCCUACGGCAGGUUUUUCUAAUGUUUCUAAUACAAUUUUUAAAGAGAUUGACUAUAUAUCCUUAGAGGAUUGUCAUGGAAUUGGCGUGAAAAAAACUUGGAAAGUUAAGCAUAUCCAAAGUACAACAAACCAUUCGCAAUUUGUUUUAUUGCUUAAAGAUGCACUUUUCAAUAUGAAGUUGAUUCCGUUACGUUGGUUUUCUGAAGAAGGUCUUGUAGUGUUUGACAAAAAUCAAGAAUUAUCUGUUCAGGUGGUACAAAAUGAUGAACCAAUUCCAACUAGUACAUUUCAAAUAUUAGAAAGGAUUCAUGGGCAAGAAAUUAAUGUCAGAAAUGCUAUAAAAUUAGAUUCAAAAAAGGUUUCAUAUGAAAACAUAUUACAACGAUUUAUUGAAGAACAAGCAUCAGUACAAAAUAAAAAUGUAUCUGAACCAGAGUUAAAUCAAGAUGGUAGUUUUAAAAUUUCAAAUCCAUCUCAGCAUAAAGGUAGAGGCCGCCCUGCAAACAAAAGAUACUUAUCAGCAAUUGAGAAUCAUAAUAGCAAUAACGUCAGUUCAAAUAAUCAAAACGAAGAUUCAGAGUCAAGACCAAAAAAGAAAAACAAGUGUCAAUGUGCUGUAUAUAAAUCAUGA